AGUCAUUUUUAUGUGGAUUUUCACAUUGUAUCGUUGUUCUAUAAUAUGCAUUAAGUGGGAAUGUGCAUUUUGAUGAGUAAAUAUGGGUCAAAAGGUUUCACGAACUGAUUUUGAAUGGGUGUACACAGAAGAACCCCACGCGUCUCGUCGAAAAAUUAUUUUGGAAAAGUAUCCUCAAAUAAAAAAACUAUUUGGGUAUGAUCCAAAAUUCAAAUGGGUUGCCGGUAGCAUGAUAAUGUUACAAAUCUUGGCAUUGUUUUUUGUAAAGGAUUUUUCUUGGCCUUUAUUAUUAAUAGCAGCUUAUUGCUUCGGAGGUAUAUUAAACCAUUCGCUUAUGCUGGCAGUACAUGAAAUUUCGCACAAUUUGGCUUUCGGACAUGGCCGUCCCAUGCAUAACCGCAUUUUGGGCUUUAUAUGCAACCUUCCCAUUGGAUUACCGAUGUCAAUAUCUUUUCGUAAAUAUCACCUGGAGCACCAUAGAUACCAAGGAGACGAGGGUAUAGAUACCGAUAUUCCUACUUUAUUGGAGGCUAAGCUGUUUGAUACAACUUUUGGAAAGUUUGUUUGGGUUUGUUUACAACCAUUUUUCUACAUAUUUCGACCAUUAGUCAUAAAUCCAAAACCACCCACCGGACUUGAAAUUAUCAACACUAUUAUUCAGCUUAUUUUUAACACAUUUGUCGUUUAUUUCUUCGGAUGGAAAGCACUAGCUUAUUUAGUGAUCGGUUCUAUACUGGCAAUGGGUUUACAUCCUGUGGCCGGACAUUUUAUUUCGGAGCACUAUAUGUUCGCAAAAGGUUUCGAAACAUACUCAUAUUAUGGACCUCUGAAUUGGAUAACAUUUAACGUGGGAUAUCAUAACGAACAUCACGAUUUUCCUGCUGUUCCAGGUUCGAGGCUGCCUGAUGUAAAACGCAUCGCUCCCGAAUUUUACGAUACAAUGCCCCAACAUACGAGCUGGUCACGAGUACUUUAUGAUUUUGUUACCGAUCCUGCUGUAGGUCCAUACGCUCGUGUCAAACGUCAUCAGCGAGGACUCAAAACAUAAAACCUAAUUUUACAAAAAUUUAAAGAACAAUUUUGCAUAUAUUUACAACAUAUUGAAAAUAAUCCUCUAUUUACAUGAAAUAAUGAAAACAACGUCAUUUAUUUUAUGUGCAUUCGUUGGUAUAAAAUUUGUGUUUUUAGAACAAGGCAAACUGAACUAGUUCGUAAAAUGGUAUUAACCUUCGACGUAUUAUUUUUAUUAAGUAUUUUAAUAUAUUGCAAUUUAGAACAAAUAUUGCUGUAAAAUAUUUUUUGUUGCAUCAAAUAAUUUGUCAUUUUUAAAAUAUAGAAUUAUCUAAAUUAAAUGAAUACCAAAUAUUUGCAUCCUAUUUAAACGUAGAAUGAUUCUACUUAAAUGUAAUAAGACACAAACUCUAUUAAUUCUAUAAGCAUAAACUAAGAGGCCAUUUUUAAAAACCGUUUAAAAAUAAAAUUUGUUAAUCUACGUAUGUAUAUGUAAAUAAAUUUUCUUUAUUGAAUAUGAAGUAUGAAUAUAUGAUGUAUAUGUACAUACAGUAUGUCAACUAUUUGAUCACACCUGGGUAUCAGAAAAAGGUUUUUGUUUGCAACUUUUUUAUUUAUAAUGACAAUCCAAUUUCAUUUUAUAUACAAAACAAUUAAAAGUAAUAAAAUAAAAUUAACACAUUUGUUUUUCAAACACUUGCUAGAUUUUACAGAAUUUUAAAAAAUGUCUCCGCUGCACAUUUGAUCAAUUGGUUGACAUAAACGAUUUUUUUUACUUAAUACUUAAUAUGACCCCCUUUUGCUUUGAUUACUGCCUCAAUUCGUUUGGGCAUGGACUCGACCACCUUUCUACAAAAAUCUCCGCUAAUAUUUUGCCAGGAAUUUUUAGCCUUCUGCCAUAAAUCGUCUAGAUUUUGACACUCACUUUGGUCAUCAGAAAUCGCACGCUUGACCUCAACCCAAGCAUGUUCGAUUGGGUUGAGGUCUGGCGAUUGAGGGGGCCAGUCGAGUACUUCAAAACCGUUGUUUUGGAGCCAAGCUUUAGCUACACGAGAAGUGUGUUUCGGAUCAUUAUCUUGCUGGAAGAUGACGUCCGACACAUUCUUGCCCCACACUUCCAGACUCUUGCACAAACCUUGUUGAAGGAUAUCGACAUAUUGGUUGGCAUCCAUUCGUCCGGCAACUCUUACGCACUCUCCUACCCCCUCCAUCCUCAUACACCCCCACAUCAUCACAUUACCGCCUCCAAACUUGACCGUUGGUUGAACAAUACGGCUUGUCAAAGGUUCUCGGGGUUUCCUCCAAAUCCAUUGGCGCCCAUCUUUUCCCAGACGGUUUAUUUUUGUCUCGUCGGACCAUAUGACUCGCAUCCAGUCAUUUUGGGUGUAAGUUUUAUAUUUUUUUGCAAAUUGGAGUCUCAAUUUACGGUGUCGUUUUGUCAAGAGUGGUUUUUUUUAACUUUGACACGUCCGUGGAAUCCGUUUUUCCGCAAUUUCUUCCUUAUAGCUUCAGUUGUUACAUUUACUCCAUCCCUAUGGGAGAGAUCACGUCUGAUUUGGCUGGCAUUCUCAUGCACACCAAACUUUAUCUGCCUAACAAUGCGUCUUUCCAGGGUGGCAUUCAAAAUUGGCUUUCGUCCAGGAGUGUUUUUUUACACAUAAUGGGCUCAUUGAUUGUCUUAUUUUUGAAAUCACGCCUACAGAAACACCAACGAGUCUUGCAAUUUCUCUAUGCGUUGUGUUUAAAUGAAUAAGCCUUUUGAUUUCGUCCAUUUUUGUUGCACUCAGUUUUUUCAUCUAUAGUCAAGCCAAACUUAAGAAAAUGAAAAGAAAAACAAUAAAAAAACUCACCUUUUACUAGAAACAAGAAUAUAACGAUUCCACAACUAUUAUUGAAAGAAUCAAAAGAAAUUCUUGAAUCUCAGAGCAAUAUUACGGCGAUCAAUACCCAUUUACUUCACAAAGUCUACUAAUUGAUCACAUGCCUUUGCCUACAUUUGUAAAUAUUCUCUAAAAAGUAACGGCACAUUUUGGGUAAUUUCGCACUUACUAACUGUUCUUGCAUAGGCCUACUUAGUGAACUUAUCCCUUUUAUUCAAAAGUUUGUUUAAAUAAAAAAGAACAAAAUAUAAUGUUUUUGGAAAUGUAUGUGAUCAAAUAGUUGACAUACUGUAUUUGUAUGCUAUGAACCAAAUAAAUAAAGUUACGAAUGUUUUUGGAUGAUAUAA